AUGGAAGCAUUAACUACUUCCAGGGUUGUGCCAAUUCAGGUCCCCUGUAGAAAGCUCUCACCAGCGUUUGAUAAUUUGCAAUCUUCCCUUGAGUUUAGGAGAUCUCCUUGUAAAGGGGGUGUCUCCAUCAUGAACCAUCCCAAAUUGCUUCGUCCAGUGACUGCUUCUGCGCAACCACAGGAGUUGACGAGUUUAGGGCACGAAGGAAACGUUGUUCCUUCUAAAGAAAUUCUUGAUCUUUGGAGAAAUGUGGAAGCGGUGUGCUUCGAUGUGGAUAGCACGGUUUGUGUGGAUGAAGGUAUUGAUGAGCUUGCAGAGUUUUGUGGAGCUGGAAAGGCUGUUGCUGAAUGGACUGCCAGAGCAAUGGGUGGAUCUGUUCCAUUUGAAGAGGCUCUAGCAGCAAGGCUUUCUUUGUUCAAGCCUUCUCUUUCAAAAGUUGAGGAAUUUCUCGAAAAGAGACCCCCAAGGCUGUCACCUGGCAUUGAAGAUUUGGUCAAGAAGCUCAGAGCCAAUAAAAUAGAUGUCUAUUUGAUAUCUGGAGGUUUUCGACAAAUGAUCAAUCCUGUAGCGUCAAUUCUUGGCAUCCCUCAAGAGAACAUCUUCGCCAACAACAUAUUAUUUGGGAAUUCCGGCGAGUAUGUGGGCUUUGAUGAGAACGAACCUACAUCAAGAAGUGGAGGCAAAGCUAAGGCAGUGCAACAAAUACGAAAGGGUCGUCUCUACAAGACUAUGGCCAUGAUCGGGGAUGGUGCUACUGAUCUCGAAGCACGUCAACCUGGUGGUGCAGAUUUGUUCAUAUGCUACGCCGGAGUUCAGCUCCGUGAAGCCGUUGCAGCCAAUGCUGGCUGGCUUGUCUUCAAGUUUGAAUCUCUCAUUAACACAUUGGACUAA